AUGCAGUCCAUACAAGAUAAGGUGAACAAACUGACCAGGCUCCCAUCUCCUUCGCAGCGAGCUCCCGAUCUUGCAAGUGGCCGCGUUCGCCUGUAUCAAGAUUUCAACUGGAAUAGCAACAAUACCGAAAUCAACAUCCACGAUGGUUACUCCCAGAAGAGCCGCCAUCGAGUAGACCAAAGGCUGUUCGACAAAGCUAGUUGGAUUGCAUUCAAUUUGCCGGUCGGGACCGUCCUUACGUUCAUGGACCACCUUCCAAGUGUGCCCGCCUCGGGGAAGUACGCAGACCUCUCUGAUGCCGGCCGUACGCUCGACCUCAUUGGGACCGGACAAACCGAAGGCGUGGAUCUCGAUCGGUUGCAGAUGAAUGACAAGAUAUCGCAAUUCUUUUGGCGCACGGUUGACCUGAAUCAAGGCGCAAUCGAGCUUUUCGACGACCAAGACUUCACGAAUAAUCGUGUUACCAUAUUCUUGAGCGAGUGGGCCCCUAAAACCCUCCACACCAUGGAUCGAUGGUGGAUAAACGAUAGAACAACGUCCCUACGAUGGAAAAGUCUGGAUCGCGAGUCUGUUGAGCUCUUCGACAAUCCAGACGGCAGAGGCGAGAGCUUCAACAGGAUCAUGGGCGGUGGCGAAACCCGAGAGGUCCGGAAGCUACAGGAUUUCGGCUUCAACGACCGAAUAACAGCAUUCAGAUGGAGCAACAUCAAGCCAAUAUACGAGGUCGUCCAGCCUGUAGUUAUUGCAGAGACCGACCAGGAUGUGGAUCAAUCAAUCUAUGAGGAAAUAUGGGCGAAGAAUCUUGGCGACGAACAAGCCUUGGUGGCCAUUAAAUUCGCCAAAGAAUACACGAUCUCGAUCACCACAACAGUGAGAGAUACAUACGCCACUGGUGUGGCCGCCGAGUACUCUGUAUCUGGCAAAGCAGGCAUUGGUAUUGUUGAAGCUACAGUAGGAUGGAAGGUGGCAGUCAAAUUCGACUACGAGCACGAAACCUCCAAAUCUACGAGUGUGACAACCACACUGACUGUAGGCAUCGAUCACUCCAUCAUGGUACCCGCUCGUAGCAAGAAACUUGUCUAUGUUACCAUUCACAGGAGCAAGGUCAACUCGAAGACGUACACUACCAAAGCCGAACGUUGGUACAAUGAACGUCUUACUGGAUCUCAUCAGAGCAACAGAGACGGCCAAGAACUUUGGAAAAGGGAUGAGACGGUGCAAAUUACUGUUGACGGUGGUUUGCAAGGCAAGACAGAGAUAGUUUUAGGCGAGACAAAACCGUUGUAG